AUGGCGCCUCCAACAUCUCUACCCACCAAGCCUCUCGGCAAGACAGGACGACAGAUACCCGCCCUCGGCUUCGGAAUGAUGGGCCUGAGUACAGCCUACGGACCCGUUGGCACCGACGAAGAGCGUCUGGCGAUUCUCGACCGCGCCUGGGAGCUCGGUUGUACGAACUGGGACACAGCCAACGGCUACGGCGACAGCGAGGUUCUGAUCGGGAAAUGGUUAAAGUUGCACCCCGAGCGUCGCGCCGACGUCUUCAUAGCUACCAAGUUCGGCAUCAAGUUCACAGUCAACGACAAGGGCGAGUGGAACAUGUCGGCAGAUAACAGCCCAGAGUUCCUCAAAGAAUGCCUUGAGGGCAGUCUGCAGAAGAUGGGUAUCGAUUCCAUUGAUCUCUUUUACGUCCACCGCCUCGACCCCAAGACGCCAGUCGAGAAGACGAUGGAGCUACUUGCUAAGGCGAAGAAGGAUGGCAAGAUCAAAGCCAUUGGCAUCUCCGAAUGCGCCUCCAGCAGCAUCCGGAGGGCAUACACCGUCGCGCCCGUCGACGCCAUCCAGGUCGAGUACAACGCAUUCCAGCUGGACAUCGAGAACGAGACAGGCACAGAUCUGCUCGCCACCUGUCGCGAGCUUGGCAUUUCCGUCUUCGCGUACGCGCCGCUGGGUCGUGGGUUCCUGACGGGCCAGAUCAAGAGCACCGACGACUUCGCGCCCGAUGACUUCCGCCGCAUCGUGCCACGCUUCAGCCCAGAGAACUUUCAUAAGAACCUGGUCCUGGUUGAUCGCUUCAAGACCUUCGCCGACAAGAAGGGCUGCACGCCGGGCCAGCUCGCGCUCGCGUGGUUGUCAGCACAGGGCGACGACAUUAUCCCGAUCCCCGGCACGAAGAAGCUGAAGUAUCUGGAGGAGAAUGUCGGGUCGGUGAAGGUGCAGCUCUCCAAGGAAGAGAUCAAGGAGAUUAGGGCAGAAGUUGAGAAGGCCGAGGUCUUGGGUCACCGUAAUCCGCCGGGUAUGUUCACCGAGUAUUCGGUGACUGCUGAGCUUUAA